AUGCUUGGUUGUCUUUCAGAUAUUUCUUACUCUGAUAAAUAUAAAAAUACUGAAUUUGAAUAUAGAAAUACAAUAUCACCUCCUAAGAUAUAUAAUAAAUCUAUAAAAUUAGACUACUUCUUACUGAAUAUGAAUGGAGAAGUCUUAGCAUAAAGGAUCUCAAGGAUAGAUUAAUUAUGA